CGUCCGAGCUCCCGCAGCGGCGGCUCCGAGGAGUCCCGCACGUUCGGCACCCCCGGUUCCCGGUGCCCGGUGCCGGUACCGGCCCCGCCAUGCCCUCCGCGUACCCGCAGCGAGCCCUGACGGUGCUGCUGCUCUUCGGGACCUUGUCCGCUGCCAUGGCCCUGCUCUCCUCCAGCCUCAUCUUCCAGCUGCCGUCGGGCCGGGCCGGUACCGGUGCCGGUCGCGGGGGGCUCCCGGAGCCGGUGGCCGCCGCUCUGCUGCCGGUAUCGGCCGUGCUGGCCGCGCUCUGCCUGGUGCUCAACGUGAGCUGCCUCCUGCUCUGCCUCCUGCACGGCUACUUCAGCACCGAGCUGGGCCGGGGGCAGCCCGGGCCCGAGCGGGCAGUCUGGUUCCUCCUGGACAGCCGCAGCGUCCGGCACGCGGCCAUCGGCCUCUUCUGCUGUGGGCUCUGCCUCUACCUCACAGCUCUGGCCCUUUCCAUGCUGCUGCUGUUCCAGCUGGAGGCUGGAAUUGCCAGUGCCUGCAUCCUGACCUCUGGAAUUCUGGUCCUGCUCAUCUCCCUGCUCCACGUGCUGCUCCGUGCUUCCCACAUUUCCCACCUUUCCCACAUUUCCCGAGGCCUGGAGCCUUCCCAAGCCCUGUACGAGAACGACUCCGCCCAGCCCGGCCCCAGCAGCGACCUCGACUCGGCUCCUCCUCGGCCCCGCCCUCAAAUCCACCGGGAAUUCUCCUUCCCACCCUUCCUGGAGGGCAAAUCCCAGCUGGGCUCGGCCUCCAGCAGCAACCUGAGCUCCAGGAGCAAGGAAUUCCCAAGGGAAUCCCAGUGGGAAUUGUCCAGGAGCAAGGAAUCCCAAUGCCAGGACUGGUCCAGGAGCAAAGAAUUCCCAAGGGAAUCCCAGUGGGAAUUGUCCAGGAGCAAAGAAUUCCCAUCCCAGGACUGGUCCAGGAGCAAAGAAUUCCCCAGGGAAUUAAAGCAGGAAUUGCUCAGGAGCAAAGAAUUCCCAAGGGAAUCCCAGUGGGAACUGUCCAGGAGCAAGGAAUUCCCAUCCCAGGACUGGUCCAGGAGCAAGGAAUUGCCCAGGGAAUCCCAGGACUGGUCCAGGAGCAAGGAAUUCCCAAGGGAAUCCCAGUGGGAAUUGUCCAGGAGCAAGGAAUCCCAAUGCCAGGACUGGUCCAGGAACAAAGAAUUCUCCAGGGAAUCUCAGCGGGAAUUGUCCAGGACCAAGGAAUUCCCAUUCCAGGAACUGUCCAGGAGCAAAGAAUUCCCCAGGGAAUUGAAGCAGGAAUUGCCCAGGAGCAAAGAAUUCCCAUCCCAGGACUGGUCCAGGAGCAAGGAAUUGCCCAGGGAAUCCCAGGACUGGUCCAGGAGCAAGGAAUUCCAAAGGGAAUCCCAGCGGGAAUUGUCCAGGAUCAAGGAAUUCCCAUUCCAGGAACUGUCCAGGACCAAAGAAUUCCCCAGGGAAUUAAAGCAGGAAUUGCCCAGGAGCAAAGAAUUCUCAUCCCAGGACUGGUCCAGGAGCAAAGAAUUCCCAAGGGAAUCCCAGGACUGGUCCAGGAGCAAAGAAUUCCCCAGGGAAUUGAAGCAGGAAUUGCCCAGGAGCAAAGAAUUCCCAUCCCAGGACUGGUCCAGGAGCAAAGAAUUCCCAAGGGAAUCCCAGUGGGAAUUGUCCAGGAGCAAAGAAUCCCAAUGCCAGGAAUUCCCAUGCCAGGACUGGUCCAGGAUCAAGGAAUUCCCCAGGGAAUCCCAAUCCCAGGACUGGUCCCAAACUCCCAGGACACUUCUGGAUUCAGGGCUGCUCCAGGAGCAGGGAAAUCCUUGGAAUGUCACCAGCAGGGAGAUGAGGAAUGGGAUGUCCCACAAAGCCACCAAGGACUCCACGCUGGUCUGA